AUAAUUCAGUAUAGCAUUUAGCCUUGUGUCCUUGCCUGUCUACCCAGAAGCUGCUCUCACUGUUUACUGUAUGAGCCAGCAGCAGGGAAGAAAAACCUGCCUGGAUCCUCAGUGCUUCCACACACCCUGCAACUGAGAGGCAACUUUCACUCUUGACACAGAAGUUAUUAUUUAUUUUUUUUGUUGGAAAAGUGUUUAUUAGAUACCUAAAUAUAGGCGGUUAUUUAUCCACAUGGAGCCAGGACCAUGUGGUCUCAGCUUCCCAUGCAAAUUCCCCUUUUAAUACUCCUAAUGCGGGGAGCUCUCCAAUCAGAGCGCUAUCAGCCACGGCGCCCUGAUACCUGAUGCCAGCUUUGCUGGUAAUGUAGGCCACUGAAGCAAAUCCAGGGAGAUUGAGUUGGAAGUGGAGAGAGAAUCAGAGAUCUGCUUGCAUGGCUUCCUGACGGGGGGUGGGGGUCUAAUUUUUUUAUUUAUUUUUUUUUAAUUUCCUCGGUGCUGUAAAGGAGAGAUACAAUUUCCAGGCGAUCAUUAGCUGAGAGCAGCCCAGCUGGGUUGAGGCUGGGAGGCGGGGACGCGGUGGCAAGCAGCGAAGCAAGGUGGAGGCACGAAGGCAGAAGACCAGGUGGAUGAAAGCAUGAGGUGGCUCUUGGGCAGCAACUGGAGGAAAUUCGGACACGCAGACAGGGGGAACUACGACUGGCUAGACAAUGAGCCAGGUGGGCCACUGCUGGAAACAGAGCUCCAGAGCAGACAGCAGAAAAGUUCAACCAAAGAAGACAUAGAGCCGUUUCUGUGCAUCAUAUUGCCUGCCACCAUGAUGCUCUUCCUGGCAUUCCUGCUGCUCUUCCUGUACCGCCGCUGCCAGCGCCCCACCCCGCAGGGGCAGAUCUUCAGCAUCGACCUCCCCGAGGCCCUGCCGGAGCACGAGGUGCCCAAUUUCCUUUCCGUGCUGCCCUGGACCAGUGAACAGAGUUUCCACUACUCCACUCUGGUCCCUGAUGCCACGUUCCUCUCUGUGUGUUUGCCUCCAUCGUACGAGGAGGCCACCAUGAAGACUAGCCAGGACGAGGCUCACAUUGAGCUCUCUACAGAUCCAGUGCCUCCUUAUGAAGAGAGCACGGCACAUCCAGCAGCACCAAAUAAACUUCCUACGGAAGCACCUUAGCCAAAGCACUGCAACCCCUCAUGGUACAAACAGGGAUCUGCUAUGGCCUUUAAAAUUAGCAAAAAAAAUUCCAAAUGAGCCAAAGCCAGUGAAUUAUGAAGGAAGAAACUUUGAAUAACAGGGAAUGAGCCUUUUCACCUCACUGUAGGAUUCUCUAUCUUCCAUUUGUAGCAAGGCUACAUGUACAGUGUGACACCAAAUCGGUUCUAGGCUGUUAAUGUUGGAAUUUGAGAAAACCGAGUAUGUCAUGCAAGGAUUAAACUUACAGAUGAGAAUGUGCCCACCUGAAAUCCCUCAGCUGCCAAGAAACAUAACACUGAUGGUUGGACUUCAUGAUCUUGAACGUCUUUCCCAGCCUAGAUGAUUCUAUGAUAAGUUAUGCUACAGAUUCAGCAGUCACAAAAAGGGCUCUUAGCAUGAAUCUAUUCCAGUUUGCUUUUUUUUCUACUUCAUUUGUUUAUUUUUAAUUGAAUUUCUGACAAGCUGAUUUACUUAAUCAACAUGUAUAAACAUUGCAUAUCAUUCUGCAGUGCUUUGAAAUGAACACAGCUCUCAGGAAAGCAAAUAAAUCUUUAAAAAAAAAAAGAUUCCAGGAACUGUCCCCACAAGUUCAACUAUGGACUGUUGUUAAAGGCUGUCUUUUACUACAGUUGAACGAUGAGAAUGGCCAGAGAAGACCUGAUCAUUCUGGGUGAGGAAGACUCCAGCACCAUCACACAAGAGCACACCCACACUGUUGCUGCAAGCCAAGGUCUGCAAGGUCCUGAAGUUCUAGACUACUGACUUGACUUAUUUUUCAAUUUACAUGUCUAAAACAGUAAACCUGGUGACCUUUUAGGUACAAUGUGUAAGAGAAUUGGGGAAAAAAUAAAAUCAAAUGCACAA